GAGUGGGUGGAGGGUUUCUUCCUCACAGCCCCUGUAGGUGCAGAGCUGUCCCCCCCACCCCUCUCUCUCUCUCUCUUUCCCUCUCUUGUGUGUGAAUUGUGAUUGGAUGGGAGGUGUGUGUGCGUGUGUGUGAAUCAGCGUCAUUCUCUUGAGACUGAGCGAUUGGGAGCGCAAACGGGAAAAUCCAAGGUCAUCGCAACACGCUUCUCGCUGAUGCUGUCUGUCAGCCUUCUCGUACAUGCGUGCGUAUGUGUGUGUGCAUUUUUAUUGCAGGGAGCAAGCUUGUGUGCCUACAAGACUGUGUGUGUAUAUGACCGUGCACAUAUGUAUUAAUCCCAAAGAACACUGUGUGUGUGUAUUUUUCGGUGUCUUGUUUGCACAGCAGUGUGUGUGUGUGUGCGUGUGACUAUCCGUGACCGCAUCAGAGAAGCUGCAGGCAGAUAGUGAAACGCGUCAGCAUCGUGAUCGAUGUAUGGGGUGUGUGGUUGCUGUGGGGCUCUGAGGCCCCGCUACAAGAGACUGGUGGACAACAUUUUCCCAGAGGACCCAGAGGACGGGUUGGUGAAGGCUAACAUGGAGAAGUUGACGUUCUAUGCCCUGUCAGCUCCAGAGAAGCUGGACCGUAUCGGGGCCUACCUGUCAGAGAGGCUCUCCAGGGACGUGGCUAGGCACCGCUACGGGUAUGUGUGUAUAGCUAUGGAGGCUCUGGAUCAGUUGCUGAUGGCGUGCCACUGUCAGAGCAUCAACCUGUUUGUGGAGAGUUUCCUUAAGAUGGUCCGUAAACUGCUGGAGGCCGACAAACCCAACCUACAGAUCCUGGGAACCAACUCUUUUGUGAAGUUUGCCAACAUUGAGGAGGACACUGCUUCUUAUCAUCGCAGCUAUGACUUCUUUGUUUCGCGCUUCAGCGAGAUGUGUCACUCCAGCUACGAGGACCCAGACAUCCGCACCAAAAUCCGUAUGGCUGGGAUAAAUGGUCUGCAGGGGGUUGUGAGGAAGACGGUGAAUGAUGACCUACAGUCUAACAUCUGGGACCCCCAGCACAUGGACAAGAUCGUCCCCUCACUGCUCUUCAACCUGCAGAGUGGAGAAGGCACUGAGAGCCGCUCCCCCUCUCCCCUGCAGGCGUCGGAGAAAGAGAAGGAGAGUCCGGCAGAGCUGACGGAGCGCUGCUUCAGAGAGCUGCUGGGACGGGCCGCCUACGGCAACAUCAAGAACGCUGUCACACCAGUACUCAUGCACUUAGAUAACCACUCUCUGUGGGAGGGGAAGACCUUUGCAGUCCGCUGCUUUAAGAUCAUCAUGUACUCUAUCCAGUCGCAGCACUCUCACCUGGUCAUCCAGCAGCUGCUAGGUCACCUGGAUGCCAACAGUAAGAAUUCAGCCACAGUGCGUGCUGGGAUAGUGGAAGUCCUCCUGGAGGCUGCAGCCAUUGCUUCCAGCGGCUCUGUAGGCCCCACUGUGUUGGAGGUGUUUAACACUCUGCUAAGGCAGCUGCGUCUCAGUGUGGACUACGAGCUGACCGGCUCCUACGACGCCAGCGGAAACAUUGGCAUCAAGAUCAUCAAAACACAUGAGGAGAGACAGCUACAGGAAGCCGUCAUCAGGACUAUUGGGUCGUUUGCGAACACCCUCCCUACAUACCAGCGCUCCGAGGUCAUGCUCUUCAUCAUGGGCAAGAUUCCUGUACCAGGGGUACACCCCGCACUCACAAACGCAGGCUCAGGGGGUUGUGAAGGGACCAGGAUGAUCCAGAUCAUGCUGCUGAAGUCACUGGUUCAGGUGACGACAGGGUUCCAGACCACCAACAUGCUGACGGCGCUGCCAAACUCAUUCCUGGAGCCGCUGCUGUCCUUCUCUCUGAUGGAGGACCCGGAGGUCAGACUGCUGGUGCUCACCAUCCUCCUCAGUGUUAUAGACAGACACGACAACACACCCAAGUUCUCCAGCAUCAGCAUUAUAUCAGAUAUCUCUGUUCUCAAACUGAAAGUGGAUAAGUGCUCUCGACAGGACAACCUUUUCAUGAAAAAGCAUGCACAGCAGUUGUACCGCCACAUCUACUUGGCGUGUAAGGAGCAGAGCAGUGGUCCACAGCACUUUGAGACGCUCUACACCCUGCUGGCCCUCAUCAGCAUGGAACUGGCCAACGAAGAGGUGGUGGUGGACCUCAUCAGACUGGCCCUGGCCCUGCAGGAGUUGGCUCAAACCAACGAGGAGUCUCUGUCAGUCUAUAACCGCUGUGCUGUCCAUGCCCUCUCUGCUGCCUACCUCAACCUCAUCUGUCAACUCACCACCGUCCCCACCUUCUGUCAGCACAUACACGAGGUGAUUGAGAUGAGACAGAAGGAGGUACCCUUCCUUCUCCCUGAGGACGUCUUCAUAGAAAACCCCAAGCUCCCUGCCUCUCUGGAGAAGUUGGAGGGGGAUGUUCUGUUCCAGCAGUCUAAGAUCACAGAAGUCUUGGGGGGCAGCGGCUACAACACAGACAGGCUGGCCACACCCUACAUCCCUCAGUUCACAGACGAGGACCGUCUGUCCAAGAGGAAGAGCAUUGGAGAGACCAUCUCACUACAGGUGGAGGUGGAGUCUAGGAACAGCCCAGAGAAAGAGGAGAGGACUCCAGCAGAGGAGAUCACAUUUGAAACUCUGAAAAAUGCCAUUGUGGACAGUGUGGGGAUGGAGGAGCAGGAGAGAGAGCGCAGGAGGCAGGUGGUGGAGAAGUUCCAGAAGGCCCCCUUCGAGGAGAUAGCUGCCCACUGCGGUGCCAGGGCCACGUUGCUGCAGAGCAAACUCAAUCAGAUCUUUGAGAUCACAAUCCGACCCCCUCCCAGCCCGUCUGGCACCAUCUCAUCAGGCUAUGGCCAGACCCAGAGCCGCUCGGUGCCCGUCUACGAGAUGAAGUUCCCUGACCUCUGUGUCUACUAGCCCUAAAGGUCAGGGGUCACCCUAGGAGGAGAGGGGAACAGGGGGUGUGGAGCUACAGCAGCCCUCGGUGUUAAAACAACUACAGACACUGUGACCUGCUCCCCAUUCUCAUUCUGUCAAGAGCUACUGACCAUGUGUUUUUUGCACUGUGAUCGCAGACUAAACAAAGACAAACAAAAAGGCAGCAGUGUGAGAUAUCGACCCUUCAGCCUUUCCUCGACCCCUCCCCCCAUCCUAAAAAUUCCCAUAUGACUGUCACCGGCUUGGGUUAGACUGUAGCCAGAAAGACAGUGGAGAAGAACAAUGGAUGGACUGAGGAUGGAUAGAACAGGGAGGAGAGAACAUAGUGAUCCCCAGUUUGAACCUUCUUUUCCCCCUGAUUAACUUGCUGCAUGCCCACCACUCUAAACACCACCCUUGAGCCCAUUACUAGUGUCUAGUCCUUGUCCUAGUUUAUCCCUCACUGGAUGCAUUACUACUCAAAGUGCACCAACAACAAAAUGGCUAAUUGCCAAAUGUAACAAAAUCAAAUGUUCUCAUUAGUUUUAUUGUAUUGCAAUUAUUUUGUUUUUCAGUACUGGAAAGGGACAACGUUAAAUACCUGACAAUGGAAGCUGUAAUGAAAAAUUUAUGUAAUGUAGUGUUUUAGUUUUCAGUGGGAUGACUACUUCUGAAACACUAUCCCCACUCCCUGCUCAGACCAUUCAGUUCUAAGUCAACGGUGCAUUGUGUUUGCUUGGUGCUUUUCAUGUCUUUUUAGGUUUUUAUUUGAAGUCUCUGGGGUGAGAACUCCAGAGUAUUCUUUUGUGUCGCUGCGUGUUAGCCGGGUGUGCUUUUGAUGCUGACCCAAAUUAUCUUAAUUUUGUAUUUUUUACCCCCUUGCUUUUUAAAUGUUGUAUAUUGUAAUCCAUGAUUUGACUGCAAAGGUUAAAGUGUGUGACGUGUGUGUGCUGUCCUCCGAAAUGUGAGAGUGCCCUACAGAUGACAGCAGAACUAGAUUCAACCAGUCCAACCGUUCAUAAAACCAGUCAUAGCUUUCCCACUAAGGAUCUGAAGAGUGUACAGUUAUGUUUACAUGCUCAAACACAAAGCAUAUGGGUCGUUCCAUCAAUACGGUGCCUUUUGAGAUGUGGAACUUCUGAUUUCACCUCAUUUUAACAUUGUUGUAAAGAGUAAGAGAUACAAAUAAUACUAUAUAUAGUAAGUGCCUAUUAAGUGGCAAAUAAAGUAACAGGAUGGACGAUUUCAUUUUAAAUCAGCCACAAAUCCCAUUACAAGGGAAUUGUAAGCUUGUUGUGUGCAACAGGGAGGGGCAAUUGCAUGGAUUUGUUAAAACAUUUCUAGCCUGUCCAUAUGGGUCACAGGCUUGACGUGUUAUCCUUGACCCACUCAGUUUUCACCACAAAACACCAGAAAAUGGCCAAAAAGAGUGGAACCAGCUCACCUGCUCGAUUUACUAUUAGAUGGUUAACAUUUCUUGAAGUUUUUUUUUUUUCCCAAAGGAAUAGUUUCACCAUAUUCAGUUCACAUAACAGGGUUAACCAUAAAAUGAGGAACAUGUUGUUGAUUUUUACCUUAAAAUGAAUCACUAAUCACAUGAAAUAAAUGAUCAUCUUCAGAAAUGACUUUGUCAAAGCAACAAGGGCUUUGAUGGUGAAAACUUUUGUGGGGUUAUGUAUGUUAAAAUCUUCCUGGAAGUCAGAGGGUGCAAGGAAGGACAUGUCAAAAUGCUGAAUUUUGGCACUUUAGCAAGUCUUUAUUCAUAUACAAAAAUAUGUAUUUAGUUCUCCAUAUGGUCUAUAAUAAAGGGCACUUCAUUGACUAUAACAGGCUUUUAAAAUUGAAUAUUGAUGCACAAUUUCAAAAGGUGCUCAUUUUGUUGAACGACCCAUAUAGACUAAUUAAUCAAACCACAUUUAUUAUUUGUCAUAUACAGAUCUGCUAUCUUAAUUUUAUCUCUCGGUUGUCGCAGGAAAUGGUAAUUGUAGUGUAUUCAAGGUUUAAAAAGGCUUCUAAAGUUUGUAAUUUCCACUCAAAAAUGUGACUUGAUUUGACCUAACGAAAAAUGUAUCAACACCUACAAAAGUGUCCAAUAAUUAUAAUCCACAUAAUUCACAUUUCCUGUUGCUGUUGGAUUAUUUUCCUGCUGUGAGAAGCAGGGUCAAAUUAAGAUUGUGUACGUGUAUACAGAGUACAUUACAUAUCUAGCUAUAACCAUGAUGUAAAUUAGUUAAUUUUGUUUGUGUAUAGAUCUAUAAAUAUAAUUUUAGAUUGCACUGACUAGCCAUAGUUAAGGGAAAUAUCUACUAAUAUGUUUAAGAGUGUGUAUGUGUAUAUAUAUAUAUAUAUAUAUAAGAUAGCCCACUGAGAACUAACCAGCAUGGCAUCAAAUCAGGACGGACUGUGUCUGGAACAGGGAUGGCCUGUAAAGAGACUGCAAUAUUAUGUUUAGAGUUACUGCCAGACAGAGAGCAGUGGAGGAGAGUGAUGAAGAUCUAGGGAGUAGUUCCCUCAGACAUAUUAAAGUGCGAUUGCACUUCCUGAUGUAGCCUCAUUUUGACGAUUGCUCAUUAAGAAAUGCCAGUGGCCAUGGCUGAAGUCAAAUGAGAGUUGUCUUAGGCGUGUGGAUUGAUGUGGGUGUGUUGUGUUCACUUAAUCGUACCCUGACAGGUACUGUUGUUUGUCCCUCCUGAGUCACUGUACAAUAACACAGCCACUUCUUCAAAAUAGUCAGAUUUAAUUUAAGAUCAACAAAAACAUCUGUAAUUAAUUUAGUCGUGCAAUUUUAGAUCUAGCUAAGGUGUUUGGUGCAGUAUAUCUCAAGUAAAUAAAUGUGCAUGAAAAACUAGUCUGUGCACUGCAUACAGUUUAUCGAGUCGGGAAAGUCUGGCUGCUCGCUCAGGACUGAUUUCUGAGAACAAUAACUUGUCUACAACUUCAUCAUCUGCAAGCUGUUAUCAGUGCCCACUUUCCAGCUAAAUUACAACUCUGUUUGUCAAUGAAGCUAGCAAGUAGUAGCUAGAAGGCGUAUUGAGCACAACCAGGCCACAAUCAGCUUAUCAAGUCACUCAAAAUUGAGUUGCAGAUGGGAUACAAGCGCGAUAUAAGAUCAUCUCAAUUCUCCUUUUGCCCCAAAAAAGUGGCAGACACUUGCAAACACAUCCGCAUGUGGCCAGUCCUUAAAGGGCUUAGGGCCAAUGGUUAUUUCAACAUAACAUUGGUGACGGGUUGUCUUAUGUAAACAAGUCUGAGGCGCUGCGUAAUUGGCAGGUCUGUUUCACUGUCUGGAGGUUCUGGCUGCUAGUGGGCAUGAUCCUAAUCCAUACCCAACGCUUCAGGAAGUCAUGACCUAUUCACUUCAUAAACUAGGUUUUAUCCUAUUUCACUUUGUAAUCGAUUUUGACACUAGAAUGAAUGUUUAUGACUCAUAUCGAUGCCACAUAGGCCGUUUUAAAACCAGAGACGUUAGAGAUGAUCUAGUGUGUAGUUCCCUCAGACAUCUUAACGUCUGUAAUACACCAGAGAGAUGUUGCAGGAGGGAAAGCUAGUUAGCAACAUACCCCCCUCCCUGUAAUCAUACUGCCAUUAUUAUCCUUUAUUACAACUAGAGUCAGUGUGUUUAGACCAAUGAUAGUGCCACGUUAUUAAAUCAGAUCCUCCUCAUCCUUUCCCUACUGAUGACGUCAUCGUUAUGAUUGUUUGCCCUUUGUAUGUGAGUGGAGAGAGACGAGCCUGGACUGGACAGUAGAUACUGGUCACAGAAGUAGCUUCUUAAGAAUGUCUCUGCCGGUUCGUCUGGGGCUCGUACUUUCAGCUCAUGCUCUUACAGAUUGUCGCAAAACAAAGUACAAUGGCAAUAAUUAUAAGUCUUAUGAUGGUUUGAGGUUUUCUGAACUAGCCAGAUCAGGCAGUCUAGAGUCCAGUUUAGCCACCUCCGAAACAGACUGGCCUUCCAGGCUGAAAUAGAAUAGCCCCAUCUGAAGAUAUUCUGUAUUUUAAGAAAUGACUUCUGUACCUGGACGGUGCUGUGACACCUUCUGUACCCGUGACAUUGUGAGACUCGUUCCUUCCUGUGCUAGUGUAAACUGUGCUCGUGUAAACUGUGCUCGUGUAAACUGGGCGUGCUCUAUAUGUGUCACUGUCAUAACCAGUUGAUGUUUGUCACUGACAAAAUGUCAUAUUGUGAUUUAGUGUCAACUGCCCAUUAUGUAGUGUUCUGUAGGUUUGGUUUCUACUAUGUAUUGUCUCUGUCAAGUCAACCCAUGCCAGUAGUUUACCGGAUUGGCCAGUGACGUUUCAAUUUUUACAAGGUUCAUGUUUACUGAGUAACUUUGUCAUUGUGUGUGUUUGUCCGUGCAUUCGUGUGUGCUUGUCUAUUCAGUCAUCAGACCAAACUAAUGAUCAGACCCAGUUUACAACCCAGUCCAUUAACUUCUCUUCCUCCUUCUCAUGAAGAACAAUGUAAUCAGCAUCACGCAGCUCUCUAUCCUUCCAACGAAGCCAAUAACAAGUCACAGUAACAGAUGAACACUACAGUGUUUUUUUGGCGGAUAAUACUGUAGUAUUUACUAUAGUCUACUUCAAUAUUCUAUAGUAAGUACUACACAUGAUCGGGGGAUACUACAUUGUGUAGUAUAGUAAGUACUGUAGUAUUCUAUAGUAAACUUGUUUUUUUCUUGUGGGUACAUUUCUUUUGAACUAAACAACAACAGUUCUGCUUGGUGUAAAUCUAAUGCUUAUUAGAUCUGUUACACCUUUCUGUCCACUCAUCUCCUUUUCCUUGUAUAGUAAAUGUAGCUCUUUACAUUGUAGUGCUGUAGGUCAAACUAUCUAAUCUGUGAACUUUGCACUUUAAACUGGAUUCCCUAGUGACAGAGGCAGCUUGUACAUGGAGAAAAUGCCUUAUGAUGAGUGCUGGACCUGACUUUGCAUGCUAGUGAUGUAGCUACGUACAGUUCAAUGACCAUCUAGCUGAAUUUAUGUAUGUUACUGUUUCUUCCUGAUCAAAUUUCCAUGAAACAUUUGUUUGUCUUUGCCAAUUGCACUGAAGAUGUUCUGUUUCAAAGAAACCUUUAUUGCUGAAAUUAUAAGAAAAACACAUACUUUUUAAUUGAACUGUAUGUAGUAUGGCUGUUGUAGAAGUACCAAUGUCGUAAGAUGUAGACAUAUUGUCAAAUACAGUCGGACGCCCACACAGUUGGUAUACAUACAGCAACAUUUUAACAGACAGAGCUACGUAGUAGUAGAAAUCAGCAUAGUUCAUUGCCAAUUAGUAAAAGAAGAGACCGUCUUAGCAUUGGCAGUGACGUUGAGGGCUUCCACCAUUUGAAUGUAGUCAACUGGGUGGAACUUCCAAAUUCAUUGGCGGAUCCCUCUUGGUGACUCUUGGAGUCAUGUCCAACCAGGUGAUCAGGAGGGAUCAGACAACCAUGAAGAAAAUUGACUACUUCAAAAUGGUGCUGCCCAUGCUGUCACAGAUGCUACAAUGCCACAGAUACAAAGAUAAGUCCUCUAUCUAUCUCUGAGUAAAGCUCAUCUCAGAAGUGAGACUGGACUGUGGUAGAAUGUCCCCCUGUGAUUUCACCUAGCUUUUCCAGGUGAAAUUGAAUUAUUUAUGUAUAAUAGGCUACAGUGUUUCAAACAGUCGUAGGUUUUUCCAUCACAAUACAACAGCAUGCGGUUGUGUGUGAUUGUCAGACUAUAGGUGAGGUGUUCUCUCUCCCAUAGUUUGAUAGACUGCAGUAUGUGAUGUUUGUAUUGUUAUUAAAACACUACUGUGCAGCACUAACUAACUGACUGACUGACUGACUGACUGUAUCCUCCUGAUCCUGAAUGUUUGUCCUGCUCAGCUGUUUUUUUUUUCAUCCUGAUUGUCAUUUGAUUGGUUAUCAAAUAAAUUAACUUUACGAAUGUUGGCGUCGCCAAAA